AUGGUUUACACGCACAUGCUCUUCGCCGCGAGUUUCGACCGUUGGGUUUUCGGGCAUCGAAUGGGGCUCAUGAGUGGCGCUGGAUGUACUUUGAUUCUUGGAAGUGCGAUUGGCGUGGUUAUGCUUAAAAAGCAGCCACCACCAAAAGUGCCUUCCGACGACGUUGAGAGGCAUGGCAAUGUGGAGGGUGAGUUGGAGGGGUCUCCUAUGCUUGUGACAGAUACGGGGGCGUCAGAAGAGUUUAGGCUUUCGAGGUAG